CUGUAAAUCUCGAGGUGUUUGACCUAGAAUCACGAGCAUUGCGGUUGCUUGUUCGCCUUGGGCAGCCUUUCUGCGCAUUUUUGCUAGCGCAGCAGGGCAGUGUAGAAUACAAGAGGAUCGCGUCGGAUCAUGAUAUCAUUGGACAGGUCGACGACGUGGUUUCUGUUGGAGAGUCGAUGGACAUGUACAUCAGGACUAUUGAAAUAUUGUAGUC